GCCAUAUAGUGGCUUUAAUUCGCAUGCCCCUUGUAAUGAGGGAAGUAAACAAUGAUUGGAAUGAUUAAGAGGCCCAGAUAUGGGCUGUCCAUUUCUGGUGGAGCUCCAACAGCUAUCUGCCUAUAGUUGUCUGCCUAUUAGAAAGACAGCUUCCCACAUCAGUCCAAUGCAAGAUACCCCACCAAAACCACCAAAAUAACUCCAAUGCCGUCAUCAAGAGCCACUCCGUCUUCCUCGCAAAAUCUCUGGACACUUGCGCUUUUCUUCCUUCUGCUGAUAGCAUUGUUCCCGGAUCUGUUCCACUAUCUCUGGGUACUACCAUUCGCCUAUUUGAAUCCCUUCAGCCACGCAACGCAGUCCCCCAAGCCCAAAAGUGACAUAGUAACUCCACAGCAGCCAGCGACGACCAUGUGGUUCCAGAAGCAAUUCACGCUCCCGGCCCGCUCGCGCGGCUCCUACCUCAUCACCUCUGAAGUCAUGGAGGCGCUUCCUGAGAUAGGACAGUACAAGGUCGGCUUGCUUAAUCUCUUUGUCCAGCACACGAGUUGUGCGCUCAGCCUCAACGAGAACUGGGAUGAGGAUGUAAGAGCCGACAUGAGCGAUGCAUUGGACAGGAUAGCGCCCGAGUCUACCAAGGGAAACGAGCUGUACAGACAUAGCGCGGAGGGAAGGGAUGACAUGCCGGCGCAUAUCAAGAGCGCCUUGAUUGGCGCCAGUGUCACCAUCCCGAUCAAGGACGGCAAGCUUGCUACGGGGACGUGGCAGGGCAUAUGGUAUCUCGAAUUCCGCGCUAGCAGGCAUACAAGACGGGUAAUGGCUACUAUUCAGGGAGAGAAAGCAGCGUGAACAAUGGUACGGUCAACGAAAAGAAGUUACUAUAAUUUAGAUUUGGGGUCCCGCGCUCCUACAAAGCGCGAAUUGACCGGAAUCCUAGACAUUACGCCGUGGUCUUAACU